AUAAAAUGGUCCGGUGAACUUGCAGAACCAGAAACCUGAAUAACGUCUGUCCACAGGGCCACGAGACUCGUGAGGGUUUAGGCUAUUAGGUCUCAAAACUCAGAAGACAAAAACCCUAUUGCUUGAUGUCCAGAGGGAAAGGAAAACGACCCUAUUGCAUAUAAAGAUAACAAAACAAAAACUCGAGGACUAACAGCGAGCGAGUGAAUCCCAGCACUUCAGGCUUGGGUCUUAGGGUAAGGUUGAAAUGGGUUGGAAAGCGGCUCAGAAACUCAUUAGGCAUUGGAAAGUCCUCAGAGGAGAUAAUGUGAUGAUAACAAGGGGCAAAGACAAAGGAGAGACGGGUGUGAUUAAGCGCGUAAUUCGCUCGCAGAAUCGCGUUAUCGUCGACGGCAAGAAUUUGGUAAAAAAGCAUAUCAAACAAGGGCAAGGUCAUGAAGGUGGAAUAUUUACAGUUGAAGCACCACUGCACGUAUCGAAUGUUCAAGUUGUUGACCCAGUAACAGGGAAGCCAUGUAAGGUCGGAUCUAGAUAUCUAGAAGAUGGCACUAAAGUAAGAGUAUCUAGGGGUCUGGGAGCAUCGGGAUCCAUAAUACCUCGUCCUGAAAUCUUGAAGAUAAGGACUACACCAAGGCCUACAGUUGCUGGCCCAGAUACAACACUGGAUCUCGUAUUGGAGAAGACCUAUGAUGCUAAAACAGGGAAGGGCAUGCCUGAACUUUGA